AUCGACUUUAAGAUCAGAACAACAGAAUUAGAUGGAAAGAAAAUCAAACUACAAAUAUGGGAUACAGCAGGCCAGGAGAGAUUCCGCACAAUCACAACAGCUUACUACAGAGGAGCCAUGGGAAUUAUGCUGGUGUAUGACAUCACAAAUGAAAAGUCUUUUGACAACAUAAAGAACUGGAUAAGAAACAUAGAAGAGCAUGCCUCUUCAGAUGUAGAAAGAAUGAUCCUGGGUAACAAAUGUGAUAUGAAUGAAAAAAGACAAGUCUCAAAAGAAAAAGGAGAGAAGUUAGCAAUUGAUUAUGGAAUCAAGUUUUUGGAGACAAGUGCAAAAUCCAGCAUAAAUGUGGAAGAGGCAUUUUUCACACUUGCACGGGACAUUAUGACAAAGCUCAACAGAAAAAUGAAUGACAACAGUUCGUCAGGGGCAGGUGGGCCAGUAAAAAUAACAGAAAAUCGAUCUAAGAAGAGCAGCUUCUUUCGAUGCACGCUACUUUGAUGAACUUCUAAUGAUAGACUGCAGCACACUUAGAACCUUUUCUGCUUCUUUGAAAGCACAGGGUCACAAAGCCUCAGAAAUAAUACCACCAAGCUGCUGCUGAGAGCUCCAUUGAACGUAGACUGCGAUACACAAAAUACCAAGUGGAUUUUGCUCACUAAGCCUAUUGACCUGUCAGGCUCUUUUUCUCAGAUAUGGAAGCUAUGAAGUGGAGACACAAAUGCAAGAGUUAACUUGUUUUCCUUUUUUUACUUUCUGUUUUAAUGCCUGUUGCAAAAGCUGCUAUGUUUCUUUUAACUUUGCACAUCCGUAUUGGCCUCUGACUGCCUGUUACAGCACAAUCUUAGAUUUGUAUUUGCACAGUUUGACUCGUAAGUAAGAUUCUUAACAGAUUUGUGCAGGCUUUUCAUUCUCUUUGUAAACAAAUUUCUUUUCAAGCACAAGAGCUGGGGUAAAAAUGGUCUUGAUUCCAUUAUUUCCUAUGCUGUAUACUUCUGGCCAUGACUGCAGUGUGGAUAUUGACACUCUAGCGAUGAGAAUUACUGUAACAAUUGGCAUUUAACAAUUUGUCUGGGUUUUGUCUCUUAGAUGCACAAAUCUGUUCAUGCAGAAGCUGUGGCUUCUGUUCUGAAUGUAGUAUGUUGCUUUUCUUUCUUUACCAGACUUAGCAGAGUUGUGUUCUGAAUUGCCAGUCACUGUCUGAUUCACAGAUGCACCUUUCAGUUAUUUGAAUAAACACAGCGUAUCUCCUC